CUUUUGCGGGUGACUGACGACUACACCAGACUGUACGUCACUCAUGAUGGCCAAUACGGCAGGAUCUAUCCAUACCGUACUGCCUUUCGAUGGACACUACAUUCGACUUCUCAAAUUCGAGUCUAGCGCCCCUGAAGAAUCUCUUAGACUUUCUCUCAAGACAUGCAAAUUCGCAGAGAAACCCGACCACAACAGCCUCUCUUAUGAAUGGGGAACCACCGCAGCUGACCAACCGAUCCUCGUCAACGAUCGGCUCUUCUUCAUCCGGGAGAAUCUAGACACUUAUUUCUUCGCGGACGCAAUCUGUAUCAAUCAGAAUGACAUCUCCGAGCGUAAUACCCAGGUCCAGCGAAUGGGCGAUCUUUUUGCAGAGGCAGAAAACGUGCUGGUCUGGCUUGGACCAGCCACAGCCGAGAGCGAUCUCAUCUUUGAUCUAUGCAUUGAUUCGACAGCGAACAACACCAUCGUCCCAAUUAAGCUGAGGAAGAAUAAGGCAACGAUCAACGCCCUCGACACAAUAUACCAACGGUCCUACUGGACCAGGCUGUGGAUAAUCCAGGAGUUAUUUCUGGCACGAAACAUCAUCUUAUUUUGUGGAUCAAAGUCGACUGCGUGGUCAGUUUUUAGACGGCUGCCGAGGUGGAACAAGCGCGAGUUUGCCCUUGGCGGCUUUACGGGAGUUAAUAUGAUUCUUGACAGCACACCGGCAGGUCGCCAUGCAAGGGAUAUUCUAGAUGAGUUAGACAAGAGUGAUCAGGGAAGAAGCACUUUUACAAAGAUAGGACUUGUGGACCUGAUUCUGAAAUUUGGUCUGGCUCAAUGCUCCGAUGUUCGUGAUCGUGUAUAUGGCCUACUUGGUCUUGCUAGUGCAUCUAGUGCAUCCAGCAAAGCCGAGGAAGGCCGAGGACUUGAGGUCAUUGUGGACUAUUCGGAGAGCCCAAUGUGCCUAUUUGUGCGCCUUCUGCGUACCAUGCCGCGUGAACACCGUAUUGGAACCGCACUAGAGCUCUUCAACGUUCUGGAGCUGCAGCGUGCUCCUGAAAGUGCGAUUAUUGGAAGCAUUCCAGAUACGGACUUGAAUGUGACUCAGUCCUCUGACAAGUCCCUGCACCAACUCCUGGCAGGAAAAGGUUUCGCGCAGAUACAAAAAGGCGAAAGGCAAAACGCUAUGGUAAUCUAUGGCGGUGGGCCUCUAUAUAGUAUCAUGUCGUAUGACAGCUGUGUAACCGCGUCUGGCGCUUGUGGAGGUGAUGAUGUCUUCCUUCUGCAAGGUACCAACUUCGUCCUAAUCCGACGUUAUGAUGAAUGGGGCGGUACGUCGGGUUACAUCCGAGGUCUUCUCUGCAGCGGAAAAAGCGAGCAAAGUAUCCAGAGAGCAGGCGAAAUUCUCGACAGCUUCCUCCCCCAUUUACCGUUCAUCAGAGGUAAUUGUCUCAGGUCUGAGAGGCAUACGAUGUUCAAGCUGGCGGGCCCGGUUGACUUUGUCUAUGAGGAGCUGAGUCUGCGACAAAUUAUAUUGCUCCUGAUAUAUACCGGACAACAUAGUGAUUAUUGGAGUCAGCAGUUAGAGGCUUCUACUAGAGAACUAAUGAACAUCAGGGCGGGCUAA